AUACCCAAAUUUUUAGACACAACACCAGUCAACACACGUCGGUUUAUGGACGACAGUGGCUAUCGAGGUACAUUCGGUGGAUGUUUCGCAACAACAUUGGGAUCAGUUUUUCACGAACUUGGUCAUACAUUCGACCUUGGCCAUACGAAAGAUGGCAUAAUGGGAAGAGGAUUUGAUAACAUUGAUCGUGUAUUUACAGUAGGCGACAAACGUUCAUCGAUGGUAAAGGACAACAUGAACAAUUACAAUGGAAAACCUGUGCAACAUUCCACCAUCGCGCUUCAACGUAAUAUAAGUGUUACUAUGAAUGUUGCAGAACCAUUGCGGGUUUUGGGACCAAGAAGUAAAACCACUUUGGGAAAUUUUGCUUCCAUGUCUAAAAGCGAUAUAAUUAGAAGAAGUCCAAAUGUUACUCCAAUCACUAGACCUUCUAGUGUAUAUUCAAAUAUAUCUAACAAAACGGAUUGUAAGAGAAAUAUAAAUCGCGUCAAUGGCAACGAUUCCAUUUAUUGGACAAGAAAUUGUGCUGUUUUGUUAUCAUAUCACAGAUGGUUCAAUAACGAAUAUGGAAGAGAGAGGCAAGCUAUUACAAGAUAUCUCAAAUUUGAUAAAAAUAAAAUGAUGAUAAUUUCAACAGCUGGAAUAAGAAUUGUAGAAGUAAGAGAUGAAUCAAAUGGAAUGGUUUUAGAUUCUUAUGAAUUCACCAAUUUAUUACCGGAAAAAAGGUUUUUAUUGCCAUUCACGUUUUCGUCAAAAAGCAAAAUUUUAACAAUUGUGGUAGAAGAUGAUUUAGGAAAUGUUCUGAAACAGACAUUCUCCUAUUGAAGAAACAGCAAUAAAGUGUUAAUAUAAACAUUGACAAUAAAGUGAAAGUAGGUCAUUAAAUUAACUUUACAGAUGUCGUCUAGAAGUAUUUAUUCAUACAAAACAAAAAAGCUAUUUAUUUAUACAUAAUAUUCACGCAAUACCUAAUCAUAAUAAAUCAUCUAUUUAUUGGGAAUGAUAUAUUUUGUGUGCAGUGACUUCAGUGAUUAAUAAUAAGGUGUACAGUUUAACGUGCAGUGUGGAAAAUGGGAACUAUUUUUUAUAACAUGGCAACCGGAAUUUUUGACGUUAACUUGACAUUGACAUGAACCAAUCUUUUCUGUUUACUAGGUAUUUCAGUUUCAGGCUAAGAAUAUUGAAGAAUGUUGAUGUGGUAAUUUCUAAAGGAAAAUCAUAAUUUAGUUAAUUAAAUGAGCUAACUACGUGUUACAACAAAAUUAAUGUGACAAGAUAAAUAAAUCCUUUUAAAAUUAGAUCUAGAUUUAUAAUAAAUUCAAAAAUGACAAGUAACACCGCACCUACCUCUGAAUCGAUAAAAUUCUACGAAAAUAUUGUGCAUUUCCCACCUGUUAUUAACGGAAGAAUAAAUUUAGUGCAGUUCUUAGAAGCAACAUCAGAUUUAGUGUCAAUAGUUGACCGUAUUGGGAAAGUAUUUACUCCUGUAAAAUAUGAUAUACAAGGAAACAUUGAUAAAAUUAAGAAAAACUAUGAUUAUGAUGAAAACUCCUGUUUGCUUGAGUUGAUGCUUGGUGAAAUAAGUCAAGGGAAAAUUACAGCAGCCGAAGGGAUACUAUGGUUGAACAGGACACUCUUAUUCUUUGAAAUAACACUGGAAGAGGUCAUAAGGUAUUUGAGAUCAGACAACUAUGAUGUUAACAUGGACAAAAUAUUUUCUGUGGCUUAUGAAAAAUCUCUCAAGAAAUAUCACAAUUGGAUCACUCAACAAAUAUUUGUUGUGAUUUGUAAGAUGUCCCCAUCUCUUCCACAAAUGAUGAAGUCAUUAGAUGUUUGUGAUGAUAUAAACGCAUUUGAAACUAAAAUUAAUAACUUCAAAGUGACUAUUCAUUUGAAUAGAUGUAAAAUAGAUGAUUUUUUCAAUGAUAAUGAUAUAUUUAAUAAAAGGAAAUAAAACCCGCUUUAGUCAUAAUUCAUAUAAUUCAGUUAAAAUACGACCAACACACUACUGCCUAAUGAUAUCAUAAAGCUUUUGUGUAAGUAAAUGUCAUGAUUUGGUGAAUAUUACAUAAAUACUGCAUGUUUUAAUUAAUGUAUGCAGGUUUUCAAUUUAAACUUAUUAAACAUAUUUAAUAUGUAACUAAUUUCUCUUGAUGUAUAAUGUAAAUCAGUCAGGCUAUAAUUUAUUUCUAAGCUAUAAAAAUAUUUUUCAGGAAAUUUUAAAAAUGUAUAUGUUGACCUACUUAGAUAAGUGACUAUUCUUUUAAUGAAUUUGUGUUUUAGAUGUACAGUGCCUUUGUGAAAAAGUGCUUGCAGGGCAAAGAAUUAAUUGUCUAAAAUUAUAUUAACCACACAGUAUUAAAUGCUAUUUUAUGAAAAUGUUAUAUUUGAUACAAAACAAAUUUGAUUUAGUUCUGUAAUUCCUAGGUAAGGAAAUGAGAAUAGUAACUUGAAAAUGGUUGAAAUGUAUAAAAAAGGUUUGUGCUUUAACUAAUAAAAAGUUCUUAUUUUAACACUGUGAAACAACUGCAAAACUACACUACAUGUAGUUUUACUAUCAUUUUAGCAUUCGUAAAAAAAUAGAACUGUUUAAAAAUGCUCUUUUUUAAAACUCUGUCUUCGUAAACAUAGAUUGCUUUUCAGUUGUUUAUCGUCAUUGCAAUCAUACACUUUGCUUUAAAAUCUUGUGAGUGUGUAUUAAAAUGUUGUAAAACAACAUAAUAAAGUGUUUCAUGAAAA